AUGCAGUUCACAUUUGCUCUGUUUCGUUCAAACUCCCUUUACUUAUGUGAAAACACGACUUUUUUUUUCUCACGCGCUAUCAAAACACAAUCUAGACGGUAUCGUCACAUUCUCUCUCAAUCGUCAUUCUUUCUCUCUCUUUUGUUGCUCUCUCGCUUUCACUCUCGUCAAUCUCUCCCUCUAAAUUUUCUCUUUUUCUUUCUCUUACAUUCUCUCUCUCUCUCUCUCUCACUCUCUCUCUCUCUCUCUCUCUUUCUCUCUCUCUCACUUACAUCUGGUUACAUCGUCGUUCUGUUUCUUUUUUAUUUUCAUUUGUGUUCUUGUCACUAUCUUUUUGGCAAACUCUCUUUUACAUUAUCUUUCUGCUUAUCCCUCUUUCACUCCCUCCUCCUUUGUUUCUGUCUCUCUAUAUUUCUUUCUCUUUCUCUCUUUAUUUGUCUUUCUAAGUCUCACUCUCACUCUCUGUUUUUCUCUAUCUCUCUGUCUUUAUCUCUCUCUUCAUUCUCCUUCUGUAUUAAUCACUUUUUAUACUCUCUCUCUCUCUCUCUCUUUUUCCACAUUACAUGGUGUUCCUGUUUCUUUUUUAUUUUAAUUCCUAUUCUUGCCACUAUCUCAUUGUUUUUCUCUCUUUCUUUCUCUCAUUCUUUGUUUUUCUCUCUUUCUCUUUCUUUCUUUGUAUGUCUUUCUCUCACGCUCAAUCUCCCUCUCCCUCUCUCUCUUUUUCUUUAUUCUCUGUUUCUCCUAUCUAUUGAUCCAUCUGUUUCUUUCUUUCCGAUUAUAUACACGUUUUCCUUCUUUCUUUCUACCUUCUAA